GGGACGUUAACUAGGUCUGGCAAGAAAUACUUUAUCACUUUCAUAAAUGAUUGCUCUGAUUAUUGCUUUGUUUAUUUGAUGAAAAACAAAAGUGAAGCCCUUGAUAUGUUCAAGGUAUCUGUGGUUGAAUUUGAAAAUUAGUGAAAUCGAAAGAUAAAAAGACUUAGGAGUGAUAGAGGAUCAGUGUAUGACUCUAAUCCCUUCAAGGAAUUCUAUAGCUCACAUGGCAUCAUUCAUGAAACCACGACACCAUAUUCACCAGAAAUGAAUGGUAAAGCUGAGCGGAAAAAUAGGACGUUUACAGAAUUAGUUGUGGCUAUUAUUCUCAAUUCCGGAGCUGCUUCUUCUUGGUGGGGUGAUAUUUUGUUGACAGUUUGCUAUGUGCUAAAUCGUCUUCCAAAAACAAAUAGAAAAGAAUCACCCUAUGAGAUCUUGAAGAACAAGCCACCUAAUCUGUCCUAUUUAAGAACGUGGGGCUGUUUGGCCUACGUAAGAAUUCCGGAUCCUAAGAGGAUUAAGUUGGCUAGUCGAGCAUAUGAAUGUGUCUUCGUUGGCUAUGCGGCCAAUAGUAAGUCAUAUAGAUUCUAUGAUUUGAAUGCUCGUACUAUAGUAGAAUCCAUUGAUGCUGAUUUCUUCGAGACACGAUUUCCAUUUAAAACAAGAAAUAGUGGGGGUAAUGUACUACCCGCUAUUAGAGAUAACGGAACUAGUGGGGGUGUUGGAUUUGAGGAUGAACUCAGAAGAAGUAAAAGAGCUAGAAUCUCUAAAGAUUUUGGUGAUGACUUUACUACACCCUCGAAGAUCCAAAUUUUUUGCAGGAAGCAUUAACUUCCAUAGAUGCAGACUUUUGGAAUGAGGUCGUUACAGAUGAAAUGGAAUCGUUAGAAGCUAAUAAGACUUGGCAUCUAACAGACUUACCUCCUGGCUGCAAAGUCUUAGGUAAUAAAUGGGUUCUAAAAACGAAACGGAAACCUGAUGGUGCAAUCGAAAGGUUCCGUGCUCGCCUAGUAGUUAAGGGCUACAUGCAGGGAGAGAAUAUAGAUUUCUUCGAUACCUAUCCACCAAUAUCAAGAAUAACAUCCAUUCGUGUUAUGAUUGCUCUUGCUUCCUUGAACAAUCUCGUGGUACACCAAAUGGAUGUUAAGACCGAUUUUUUGAACGGUGAUCUGGAUGAUGAAAUCUAUAUGGAACAACCAGAAGGGUUUAUUAUCCCCGAACAUGCCUCGAAAGUCUGUAAGUUAGACAAAUCAUUAUAUGGUUUGAAACAGGCUCCAAAAUAGUGGCAUGAGAAGUUUGACACUCUCGUUCUCUCGCAUGGCUUUAAGGUGAAUGAAAGUGACAAGUGUAUUUACUGCAAGUCAGAGAAUAACACUUGCACUAUCAUAUGUUUGUAUGUAGAUGACAUGUUGAUAUUUGGUACAAAUAUUCACGUGGUCAAUGAAGCAAAAGCCAUGUUGAAAGAGAGCUUUGAGGUGAAAGAUCUGGGAGAAGCAAAGUUUAUGCUUGGAAUCCAGAUAACCAGAACAACAAAUGGUUAUUCUCUAAAUCAAACUAGCUACCUAGAGAAGAUCUUGAAGAAAUAUAACUAUUUCGACUGUAAACCUGCGUGUACUCCGUAUGAUGCUAGUGUAAAGCUAUUUAAGAACAAUGGAGACAGUCUAAGACAAUCAGAAUAUGCUAGCAUCAUUGGCCGUCUCCAUUAUGCUGCGGAUUACACUCGACCAGACAUUGCAUAUGUCGUGGGAUUGCUUGGCAGGUUCAACAGUUGUCCUAGUAGAGAGCAUUGGAAUGCUAUAGAGAGGGUCAUGAGAUACCUCAAGAGAACAGCCAACCUUGGUAUACACUAUCAAAGGUUUCAUGUUGUACUAAAAGGGUAUAGUGAUGCAGAUUGGAAUACCCUAUCAGAUGACUCCAAGGCAACCGGAGGGUAUGUUUUUAACAUCGCUGGUAGAGCUUUGUCUUGGAAGUCAAAGAAACAAACAAUCCUAGCUCAAUCAACUAUGGAAUCAGAGAUGAUAGCACUAGCAGUGGCUAGUGAAGAAGCAAGUUGGUUGAGAGGAUUGUUGUUAGAGAUUCCCCUAUGGGAAAGGCCGGUCCCUUCGGUAUUGAUCCAUUGUGAUAGUACCGCAACUAUCGCUGAAGUUGAGAACCGGUUCUAUAACGGAAAGAAACGGCAAAUUCGUCGUAAGCACAGUACUGUAAGAGAACUCCUAACUAUAGGAGCAGUGAGGGUGGAUCAUAUAAGAUCCGAACAGAAUCUAGCUGAUCCUUUGACGAAAGGAUUACCUAGAGAGAAAGUCCAGAAUACUGCCAAGGGUAUGGGACUGAUGCUUACCGAACCACGGACUACAAGUGAUGGUAACCCGACCCAAUAGACUGGAGAUCCCAAGAAAUGGGUUCAAUGGGUAAUAACAAGUCAUGAGUAGUAUGCGAAAGUUCAUGCAUAGUGAAGCAUGAAUCCCAAAGCAAUGGAGGUUGAGUUAAUAACUCAUAAUGAGAUCUAUACCCUAUGUGGGGUGGAGUACUUUACUUUUGGGGUACUCUUGAUAGACUCACCUUUGUGAAUGUGGGAGUGGGGCUGCUCCCUAUGGAACUUUGGAGGCACAAAGUUGCUAGAGCGUUCACUAAACCAGGAUAACGUGCAUGACCAUAAACGCACGGGCUAAGAAGAGAACACAACUCAAUGAAAAGAUCCGGUGUGCUACACUGUCUGAGAUAGGGUUCAAGACUACGAGUCACCCUUAUAAAACCAAAAGUGUAACCACUACGUUAAGGUUCAAAUCUUCGCGAUACCUCAGCUUAUGCCCGAUCUUAUGGAACUGUUAAUGCUCAGAGAUAGUUUCAAAACUAUUCAAGUGGGGGAUUGUUGGAAAUGUAUGUAUGAAUAGCUUUGAAAGCUAUAGAGUCUCAAGUGGAAAAACUACCACAUUGGUAGUUUUACUUGGUGAAAUGAGUAUAAAGAUAGGAGCCUCUCUCCUAAGGGCAUUGCCCCUUGCGGUGACCCACUUUUGUGGGAGAGGGAGGACCUAACGGACUAUAUAUAUUUUUUUGGAGAAAUUCCGAACGAAAUUAAUUACCUAAUAAUUAAUUAUUAAUCGGUUAUUCUGAGGAAUAUUCUAAGGAUAAUCGAUUAAAAAGGAAUAUUCGAAGGAUAAUCCCGCAGGAUUUAUCUUAACCGAUUGUUUUAAUUAAGAAGUAAUUAUCUUCCUUAAUUAAUCCGACUUAUUUCCCAAGCUAGAGGGUAAAUUCCUAGGGGUUCGGCUCCUAUAAAGAGCCGCCUCCCCAGCCCCUCCAAAGACACCACAACGAGCAUAAACACAAUAGAGAGAGUGUUCAGAGAGUUUCGGUUUUCGCACAAAACCGCGAGUACAAAGAGGAGUUGUUUUAUCCUGGAGACGACCGGUUGAUAGUCUGCCGUGCGCAUCGAGGACAGUGUCGCGAACGUCUUAAAGAGAGUGACCUAGUCCACGACUCAGCUUCAAAUUCGGUAACCUCGUUCUUGUUGUUGUUCCGUUCCUAACAAUCUUUGCCCAGCUCUUCUCCACUGUACGAUUGGGCCAAAGAUGAAGAAAUUCAAUAAUUGAAUGUCUUGUUAGUUCUGAGUUAAUACACUUUCUAAUUUUACUUUUAUUUGCAUUUCUUCUGGUGCCCUGUUGUUUUGAUCUUUGAUUAUCAUGUAUGAAUUAAUUUUUGUGUAAUUUUGUUAAAAAAACGGCACAUACUGGUAUAAACUGUACAUGGGCGUUCAGCCAUGCUUGGGCCGGCACGGCACGGGCACGCUUCGGACCCAUUUAUUUUGUGCCGUACUAUGCAAGCCCAUUUGUUAACUUUGCUAGGCAGGCCCAGGCCGGGCACGGUUCGAAUCGUGCCGUGCCUAUUCGUGCUCAUGCCAUGCUCGUAUUCGUGUUUAAUGAAAAGGACGAAAACAAAAGAGAGAAUGAAAAAUAAGGUGAAAAUUGGACGGAGGAAGAUAGUAUUAACCGAUAAUGUUUGAGAAAAGUAGAAAGUAAGGGGGAAAAGAAAAUUUUGGAAGUAUAGCGAGUGUGAUUUGUUUUUGUUUAAUUCUAUGUCCAUUUUUACUUAUGUUAGUAAUUACGUAUAUAUCAUUAUGACACUUCUAACAACAACAAAUAAUUAUUUUUCUACUUGUGUUUUGUAAUAUUUGAACCUAUAAUUGUUUUUAUCUUUAUUUUCUAUUAAAUAAAUAUUAUUUUCGUGC